UUCAAUUAAAAUGUUAAAUCUGACAAGUAGCAAAACAAUAUGGCGCGAACGUAAAAGUCAUGUUUUUUUCAAGUUAAUGUUAAAAACCAAAUCAUAAUUCAUUUUUAUAAUUAUUAUGUGUAUGAUAAUUUGCCUUAUUAAUUAGAUAAAUAUAGUGUGCGGUGUUUGAAAUUGAACAUGGCUUCAAGUGGAGACAAACGUGAUAAGACCAACCAAAGUGGAGAUCAGAAGGAGAAAAAGAGGAAAGAAUCCAUUCUAGAUCUUUCAAAGUACCUCGAAAAGACGAUAAGGGUGAAAUUUGCUGGUGGCAGAGAAGCAAGUGGAGUCCUUAAAGGUUAUGAUCCCCUAUUGAAUUUGGUGUUGGAUAAUACUUCAGAGUAUUUGAGAGACCCGGAUGACCCUUACAAGUUGACUGAUGAUACAAGAGAACUUGGUUUAGUUGUGUGUAGGGGAACUAGCGUAGUUCUUAUAUGCCCAAUGGAUGGAAUGGAAUCUAUACAAAAUCCAUUUAUAACACAGGAAUGACAUGUAAAUUUAGUAAGAUUUUUUUAUAAUAAGAAAUAAACUUUCCUGAUGUAUAUUUUUUGUUUCCCUUACCUGCAGGUACACUGUACAGCCUAACAUUUUGGAUUAAUUUGGCCAAGGUUGCUUUAUUUUGAAUAUUGGAGAACAAAAUCCUCCCUAUAGCCCUAGAUGUCAUUUUUUGAAUAAUUUUACUUAGU